AUGGACGGCGAGGUUUCAAUACUUCCAAAACGCCAGAGCUCAGUCAACUUGACAGAUGAUAGCUCGUCGCUGAACUCGACGGCAUGGAAUACGGAGACGGCGGCGGCGUGCAUGGCUGCGCUCGCACCACUCACCACGGCUUCGAAUCCUUCGGGCACGGCCGUCUGCUACAACCUGCAAAGCCUCGAUACCAGCACGGGUGCGUUCAUGGCGGAUCUGAGAUUAUUCCAGGUGUCAACUCCGUAUGGGGACUUUACGGGCAUCCCGCCGCAAAACAUUCAGGUUGGACUGCAGUAUCAUGGAGCAUCCGUUUCGCCUGUCAGCCAAAGCUCAGUCUCCUCCCGCGACCUCGAGACGCGCGCCACCACCCCUACGCAGCUCCAGGUGUACAUGUUCGUUGGUCAGAUCGACCAGGCACAGCUCAGCCAGCCCAUGACUAUGGGUGUUGUUGAAGCGCUAGUUAUGCCCGUUGUGACCCUUAACGCCGUCAAUGGCGCCGGAACCGCAGUCAGCACGAAUGUCUCCUCCAAUGAAGCUGCCUUUGUAAAUGGUGUCUUCUCCCAGGACGUCGUUUUGUCGGAUCUCGCCCUCGCCCAGGUGGCUGUCAACGACAUCACGACAGCAUUGGCAAACGGAACUGUCGCAUUUAUUCUGCCGGGAGUAAACAUCCUCAUUUUCCCCGUUGGUUUGGUGAUGACGGCUACAUGGACGUUCAUUGGCGUCGCUGCUUACGGAUACGGCACCUUCCAGCGAAUAGGCUACCGCGAGUCCUACCGUCGGAGGCAGAUGAGGAUUACUAAGCCCGCCGCGUCGGCGAGAAUUUAA